AUGGCGACCGCCAGGCUGUCGCCAACGGCGAAUCUUCUGCGCAAGUCUCGUUUAUUCGCACUCCCUCAGGCUUUGCAGCCUCCGCAGGACCCACCGUCAUCCAAACCCGUGUUCGAAUCCAACACUUCCACGCUCCCUCACCCCGUCCGCGCUUCGAUCGUAUCGCCGCAAAAGUCCCUAGCAAGGGGAGAUUGGGGUUUAAAGAGGCCUUUACCUGCCAAGUCGACUUCGGAAAAGUCAUCGAGACCCGUGGUCCGGUUACAGGCCCUGGAUACUUACGAACAUGUCACCGAUUUCGAGUCCGCGGCCGAUCACACCCUGACCUUGGAGAAGUUCCAGGAGCUGCAUAUGCCCAUGUCGCUUCCCUCUAAAGUCAAUUACGCGACAAGCAUUGUUCCUAGGCACCAGAGUCCGUUCGAAACAUACGUCGAUAACACCGAAAGCAGCCAGGGCCUGGCAGAACCCGGUGCCAAACAGUAUAGACAGACUGGUCCCUGGCUUGGCGGGUUGACCCAGGCAGAGUUCGUGGAUUACCUGAAUCAGGUGCGGCGCCAGAAGCCAGAACUGCUCGAGAAGUUGCGGGAGCGGUUCGAGGCCAAACGCUUUGCCGAGGCUCGGAAGCAGGCUCAGGACAAUGGGGAGGAUUUUGAAGCAAUUGAGCCUGUCAAGGUCACCGACGAGGAGUUCAACACAUAUAUCAAGACUCUUCGAGAUGAUCCGUUUGCUCUCGGUCCCGUUGUCUUCGAGUUGUUGGAUCUUCCGUCGCCGCCCGCGGUCCCCAGCGAGCGGAUUGGGCGCAAGUACUACCAAUCCCCUGGAACCAAGCUGUCAGCGGCCGAAUACGCUGUGACCGGCCCUCCGAAGACACAUCCGUCUGCUGGUCUCUCCUACACACGAUCUCACGCUUUGACAUACAACCACCCUGAGCAUGGACCACAGGCUUACCAGCGCCCCGUGGAGGCCCGCAUCUUGCGGCCGAAGGGCCGCUUCAAGGGACGAGUUUCUAGGGCGAUUGCCGGUAUUGGUGGUAUUGCUGUGGAAGACUUGAAUGCCAUGACCUUCAUCGACCAAGGCACACCUCCCGGUCUGACAUUCUUCGACGCGACCCUCCCUGGAGGUGCCAAGUACUGGGUUACUCCGAUUCGAGCUGCUGUCGAUGCUGUCGGCAGAAUUGGCCUUUCGUCUUACCGUGCCAGUGCCACCGCCAAAGCACCCUACGGUAUUCAGGACUUCAAGAAGCCGAGCAUCACCAGCAUCUCGGAAAAUGCGCGACGGGACGCCAACCUCGUCCCCCGGUUGGAUCGACCCCGACACAACCAAGCGCGUUUCAGACCUUCGCCCGAUAAUGUGCCCAGGUCGCCUGAGAAGUCUAAGGAGGACCUUGUCAAUAGCCUCAUGCAGGACUUGAAUUCGUCGCGAUAG